GGGGCGGGGCAUCAACUGGGAGGGGCGUGUGCUUUUUCACGUCCCCUGCGCCGCGUCUUUCGCGUCCUCGCGCCGCCCGUUGUAAAUUCUCUCGCUGCAAGUGAUUUGGCCGCUGUCGGCUGUCUGCGUUAGACAGGCUCGCUUCCGGUCACGUGAGGUAGCCACCUCCGGGUGAAAGGUCAUGUUUCCUGGUUUGAAAAUGCUAACGACAACAAACAAACGGGUCGCGUAACCGUUUUGGUUUCCAGAGGGUUUUAUGAAAUGUUUCGGGACGUGUUGUGUGUGGCGCUCGUGCAGCAGCUCCAGCAGGAUUCCUGAGGAACAGCUUCACCUGUCAGCAUGCAGGCAGAGCUACUGAUUGGAUGGCAGAGGGAGAAGGCGGAGCUUCAGAGGGAAGUGUGUCGUCUGCAGGAGGAGCUGGCGGAGAGCGGAGCAGAGAAGGAGGAGCUGGAGUCCAGGAGCAGAGCUCUGGAGGACAGGCUUAUCAAGUCAUUGUCUCCCUCGCUCGCCCUCUCUCUGCGGGGGGAGAGUGAGCAGAGGGAGUGGAAGAGAAGGGUGAGGGAGGGGAGAGAGAGGGAGGCCAGACAGGCUCUGCUCAUCCACCGCCUGCAGAACAAGGUGUUUGAGUACAGAGAUCGAUGUCAGCGAUCAGACCUUCAGCUGCAGGACGUGAGCAGCACCGAGCAGAGGAUCAGGGAUGAACACAGUGACUCCCUGGAGGGCGCCCUCAUCAGGCUGGAGGAGGAACAACAGAGGUCUCUUGGAUUGGGGGAAAUAAACACUAUCCUGCGGGAGCAACUCAGCCAAUCAGAGGAGGCCAACCAGGCACUGAGGGAGGAGCGCCAGAAGCUGACGUCUGACUGGACCAGAGCGUUAGAGGAGGCGGGGCAGAAAGAGAAUGAAUGGCGAACAGAGAGGGAGCGUCUCACAGGUCAAUGGGGUCAGCAGCAGGCCCGGUUACUUUCACUUUGGAUGUCCGUGGUCGCCCUGAGGAGACACUGUCACACUGUUAAAACCGCCGCCGACCGGGAUAUGUGGCAGCUGAGGGCGGAGUUUUCUCGUCUCUCCUCCUCCCUCCUGUCCAGCUGUGACUCUGUCUCCUCUUCUCUGAGGCUCAUCAAGCCCUUCUCCUCCGCCCUCCCCCCUAUUGUCCCCCCCACUCCUCUGUCCUCCACACUGGUGCCCCCUUUUCAGGACCCCUCUUCACCUCUGCCUCCUCUCAUCUCCUCUUCCACCCUGGGAACCGUCUCCUUAGGAGAGCUGCAGCACCAGGAGGAGGAGAAGAAGAGGUUGGAGGAGGAGAAGGAGGAACUGGAGGAAGGGAAGAAGAAGUUGGAGAAGGAGGAACUGGAGGAAGGGAAGAAGAGGUUGGAGGAGGAGAAGGAGGAACUGAAGGAAGGGAAGAAGAGGUUGGAGAAGGAGGAACUGGAGGAAGGGAAUAAGAAGUUGGAGGAACUGGAGGAAGGGAAGAAGAAGUUGGAGGAGGAGAAGGAGGAACUGAAGGAAGGGCUGGAGAAGGAGAAGGAGGAACUGAAGGAAGGGAAGAAGAGGUUGGAGGAGGAGAAGGAGGAACUGGAGAAGGAGGAACUGGAGGAAGGGAAGAAGAGGUUGGAGAAGGAGAAAGGAGAAGAGAUUACAGAGUUGAAGCUUCUUCAUGAGACCAGGAUUGUGGAGCUGAAAGAACGCAUUGAGGAGCUGUGUUGCUCUCAGGAGGAGGACCGGAGACGAGGAGACACACAGACAACAGAGUGUCUUCAAUCGGUCAAACAGGCUGUGGCCAAACUGUCCAGAGUCCAGAGCAGCAGUCCGUGUGCGCCCUUAGACGUCCUCAGCCUGGACCUGUCCCACACUGAGAGCGCCCUCCAUUGCAGGCGCGAGGAACCGCAGGUGGCGCUGGAGAGGCAGCAGCUGGACCAACAGAGAGCAGAAGAAGAAGCUGCUGACAUCAGAGACGCUCUGCAGAAGUCCAGAGACCGUGUGUUGAGUCUCUCCUCCUCUGAGUGCGUCUUGAGGAGGGAGCUGGAGGACGCAUGUGACGCUGUGAACAAGAUGGCCGCCCUGAACUCCUGUCUGGCUUUAGACAAGAAGGAGCUGAGCCAGCAGCUACUGGAGCUGGAGCGUGAGCUGUCAGACAGCCGAUCACAGCUGCAGGGGCUGAGGUCAGAGGUCACGUCUCUGCAGAGAGAGGUCAACACCGUCAACCUGGACUGCAGCCGACUCAGGGCUCAGAGGGACGAGCAGGCUGACGUCGUGCGUCGGCUCAGAGGAGGAGAGAGAGAUAUGGAGAGAACUCUGGAGGAGAAGGAGAGACAGCUGCUCCUGCUUAUGGAGGAAAGCGGGAGCAAGGGAGGUCAGCUGGAGGAGCUGUCCUCCCAGCAUGCCUCGGUGUGCUCGGAGCUAAAGGAGGCGCAGCAGCAGCUGAGGCAGUCAGAGGAGCAGCGUAGAAGGAGAGAGCAGCAGCAGGAGGAGCAGCAGAGGGAGAGCAGGAGGCUGCAGGAGGAGCAGGAGCGUCUGCAGAGACAGAGGGAUCAGCUGGAGGAGGAGGUGCAGGAGCUCAGGAGGCUCUCUGAGUCUCUCCAGCAGCAGCUGGCGCAGCAGCAGGAGCAGUUCUCCCAGUCGGAGGUGGAGCGCUGCCAGCUGCUCACACGCGUGCUCACAGUGCAGCAGGUCAAAGAGGCUUUAAGAGGGGAGAUCGAGUGUCUACGGGGCGAGCUGGACAGAACAACAGCCGGGAGAGAAGAGGAGGAGAAGAGGGGGGAGGAGGAGAAGGAGGCACUGAGGGAAGAGACUGAGCGGCUGACAAAGGAGGUGGAAGACUCGAGGAGGAGGAGGAGGAGGGAAGAUGAAGAGGAACUGGAGGUCUGGCAGAGAGAAAGGGAGGCUCUAAACGAGGCGCUGGGGACGAGGGACGGAGAGGUGGAGGUGCUGAGGAGGCGCAUAGAGGGGCUGAUAGUGGAGGAGCAGGACAGACUAAAGGAGUUAGAGCGGCUGAGGGAGGAGGUGACAAAGAGGGAGGUGCAUAUAAGUCACCUGAAGGCGCGAUUGGAGGAGGAGGCAAAGAGGACAGAGGUCAGGCGGAGGGAGGAGGAGGUGAAAAGAGAGGAGGAGAUGGAGCGAUUGAGGAGGGAAGCAGAGGAGGCAAAUAGAUGGAGGAGGAGGAUGGAGGAGGAGAUAAACCUGCUGAGAAAAGAAACCUCUGAGCUAGAGGAGGAGAAGAGAGAGAAGGAGAUACUGCAAGACAAAGAGGAGCAUGAGAGGAGGAGAAGAGGGGAGGAGGUGGACCAACUCAGAGGGGAGGUGGAGAGGCUGAUGGAGAAGGUGGCGGAGGUGGAGCUGCUGAGGGUGAGGCUGAAUGUGGCCACGGAGGAAUGCGAGGAGAUGAAAGAGGAGGUGGAGCGGAGGGAGCGCAGCUUGGAGCGACAGAUGAGCGCUGUGAGGGAGAGCGAAGAGGAGGUGGAGGAGCUGAAGGAGCAGCUGAGGUUGGCAGAGGAGCAGAAGGAGCAGGGAGAAAGAGAGCGUCAGGAGGCCAACUUCAAACUGAAGCAGCGCGCAGGGAAGGAGGAGCAGUUGGAGGCGCUGCUGAAAGAAGCCCGGCUCCUCCUGCAGACAGAGAGGAGGGAGGGACGAGAAAGGGAGGUGACGCUCUCCUCUCAGGCCACAGAGCUGCAGGCAGCCCAGGCUGAAAGGGAGGGAGAGAGGAGGAGAGCCAGAGAGAGGGAGCAGGCCUGCGAUAGGCUGGAGGAGGAGGUGAAGGAGUGGAGGGAGCAGGCUGAGCGGAGGAUGAGGGAGGUGACAAAGUUGAACCAAAUCCUGAAGGGGCGAGAGGAGGAGGCACAGUACCUAAAAGCUAUGCUGGAGGAGAGGGAGGAGGAGGAUGGGAGAGAAAGGGAGGCACUGAGGAGAAUUGAGCUGGAGAAGAGGAGAAGACUGGAUAUUACGCUGAUAGAGAUGGAGGAGGAGCAGAGAAGACUUGAGGAGCAAGUGAGAGAGGUGGAAGAGGAGAGGGAGGAAGCGAGGGAGGCACUGAGGAGGGCAAGGGAGGAGAGGAGGAGGCUGGAUGACAGGUUAGAGGAGAUGGAGAGGGAGGUGCAGGAGAAUUAG